UGAUCGGUGUUGGGACGAGUGAAGAAGUAUGUAAGUGGUUGUCUUCAGCGUAACUUGCAAGCUGUUAACGAUCGGUGUCUAAUUUUCGAAAGUAAAUCGUUCGGGAAGAGCGCGUAUCCUUCAGAGCGUAGCCGGAACUUUGGGGGUCCUGAGGUUUCGCGCAAACUCAUUUCCUCUCACUGUGGAUCGAGUGUUCUUUUAGGCUCGCUGGGGGUUCUAACCUGGGAGAGCGAUCGCGAAUUCUCGUCGGAUGGGGCAAAGGCUCUCCGCUAUUGUUCCUGUGAAUGUGUCACCUAUUUCUUUAUUCUCGCGGAUGGAUGCUGUGCUGUGAUGGGAGAAAAUCUCAGCGAUCGAGAUUUGCUCUCCUGAAGCUGUGCGGGCGCGCGUGAUCGUACAUAUCCCUGGCUCCUAGACUUUAUAUAUUGAUGUGAUCAACUACAGAGGACUUCAAUCUAGUGCGAUCAGUAGUUUAGGACCGUUGAGUUCUUUUUUGAGAAGAACAGGGAAACUGGCGCUUGCGUCCUCCUGGUGAGUGGAACGAAAAGUAGCCAUCGGUGUAUUACUUGCAAAAAAGAUUCAAACGGUGCAAAUUGUUUAGUAACGGAACAUGUGCUCAAGCCAGGAAUUAUAAUAGUAAAAUAAAUUGAUAAAUCCCGGGUGAUCAGUGUGUCGUGUGUUAAAAAAUCAGUGUCAGUGAACCACAAGUGAUUUUUUCUACAAUUGAAAGCUGCGAACUAUCAUUUGAACAAUCAAUCCAUAAGAAAAAGAAGAACACAAUAUAUUACGCCAUGACACCGAAGCCCCAGGAGAAUAUCCCAGCAGUGCACGCUGGAGAAGAUCACGACAUGCCGGGGUCGUUGAACAACGUUAGCAGCUUGGGCAACCUGAACCACAACCUCAAACUGAACGGGUUCAUCAACAAUGGUUUCGUGUCGGACUGUCCGGCCCAGUCCGACAGCAAAUCCGACCACCAAACAAAGGAGCUGGAGCUGAAGGAGAAGAAUAAUGCCAAGAACACCAGCUUGAAUUCUAGCAGCGGUGCGUCGACGGGCGUCCAGGAAAAACCGAUCGUCGACUUUGACGAUCUCCUGCCGCACGUAGGCGAGUUUGGACGGUACCAGAAGAUCCUCUUUCUGCUCAUGAUCCCGUUCGCGUUCUUUGUGGCGUUCGUGUACUUUUCGCAGAUCUUCAUUACGAUAGUGCCCGAAGAGCACUGGUGUUGGGUUCCCGAGCUAGAACACUUGUCCGUAGAAGAAAGACGCGCCCUAGCAAUUCCCGUUCAGUAUGAACAUGGAACUGAGUUUGACGACGGCAUUGCUUCGUACAGCAAGUGCUCCAUGUAUGCCGUUAACUAUACCGAAGUGCUAGCCAACAACAUCCGCAAGGCUGACCCGUCCUGGCCGAUUCAGUCCUGCAAGAACGGCUGGGAGUACAACUUCACUGACGUGCCAUACCGAACAGCAGCUACCGAUUUCGAAUGGGUCUGCGAGAACGCGUACCUCUCGACCCUGUCGCAGUCCAUCUUCUUCGUCGGUGCCAUCGUCGGUGGGCUGCUGUUCGGUUGGAUCGCCGAUCGAUACGGCCGUAUCCCAGCGCUGGCCGGAUGUAACGUGAUCGGAUUCGUCGCCGGUGUGGUCACCGCUUUCGUCGGAAACUUCUGGCAGUUCGCACUGUGCCGGUUUUUGGUGGGAUUCGCCUUCGACAACUGCUUCACCAUGAUGUACAUUCUGGUUCUGGAGUACGUUGGACCAAAAUGGCGUACCUUCGUAGCGAACAUGUCGAUCGCCCUGUUCUUCACCGCCGCCUCUUGUGCUCUCCCAUGGAUUGCGUACUAUCUCGCCAACUGGAAAAUCUUCGCCAUUGUUACCUCCGCUCCGCUGGCCUUGGCCAUCCUUACCCCAUGGCUCGUCCCUGAAUCCGCAAGAUGGCUCGUCUCCCAGGGCAAAGUGGACAAAGCUAUCAACAUCCUGAAGAAGUUCGAAAAGAUCAACAGGAAGACCGUUGACGCCAAAGUGUAUCAGGAUUUCUCCGAAAGCUGUGUCCGCUUGCAGGAGGAAGAAGCCGCUAACAAUAGCUACUCCGUGCUGGACUUGUUCAAGACCCCACGCCUUCGCAACAUUACCAUUUUGCUUAUUGUUAUCUGGAUGGCCAUCUCGCUGGUAUUCGAUGGACACGUGCGUAACGUUGGAUCCCUUGGACUGGAUCUGUUCUUUACGUUCACGGUUGCUGCGGCCACUGAACUUCCGGCCGAUACCUUCCUCACUCUGACUCUGGAUCGCUGGGGUCGCCGUUGGUUGGCCUGCGGAACGAUGGUUGCCAGUGGUGUGUUCAGCCUGCUCGCCACUACCGUGCCAGUUGGGGCUUAUUCCGCUACGUUGGCCAUUCUGGGUCGGUUCAGCGUCAACAUCUCGUACAACAUUGGACUGCAGUAUGCUGCCGAGCUGUUGCCUACCGUGGUUCGAGCCCAAGGUGUUGCCUUCAUCCAUAUCAUGGGAUAUGUGGCCAGCAUUGUCGCUCCAUUCGUCGUAUAUCUGGCGCACAUUUCGCCUGCGAUGCCGCUGAUUGUGCUGGGAAUCUUGGGAAUCUUUGGAGGACUUCUGUCCUUGAUGCUGCCCGAAACUUUGGGACACGAUCUGCCGCAAACGCUCGCAGACGGAGAAGAAUUCGGACGUGGGCAGAAGAUCUGGGAUUUCCCGUGCUUAACCAAGAAAAUCAACGACGACGAGGUGGACGACCUUCCGGUGGAGCGUUUCACCCGGGCCACAUCGAAGACCUCUAUCGGCGCCUCGCUGCGUGCGUCGACGCGUGGCGAACUGCGCUCCAGCAUGCUGAACCGUUCAAUCCGUUCCCGCGUCUCGGUGCGUUCUCUCCAGCAGCGUUCGGAUCAGAUGUCUGCUAUCGUGUGACCGGCUGGUAUCCUUUAAUUGAUGAUUGAUCCAUGCUCAAUUGAACCUACCUGGAAGACACAUCUAAUGCCUAGUAUGCCGAGGAGAAAACAGGAGAUAGAAUUAAUAGACUUUUGUUUCUGGAGCGGACGCCUGGGAACAGAAUUUGCCCAACCUAUAGUCAACCGUAUCGGAUGAUGUAUUAGUUUAGGUACUCGUAUGUUAUUCAAACCCCCCAAAUUGGAGCACCCAUCCCAUUGAGACAGAUUGUAGAGUGAGCACGAUAAAGCGAAGGGUUGAACGAGAGAACAAGCCACAGAAGUUUGCGACCUCAGUUCUUAGUGCCUAAGGAGAGAAAUAAGACCCGAAACCAAAAAGCAUUGACCAUAAAGCAACUAAUGUGAGGAUACAGCAGCCAGUUUCAAAAACUGCUAAAAACGAAAGACGGUUCCUAAACAUGGGAUUGUGCAACAGACACAAAAAUUAGUCAUAACGCAUUUGAUGAGAGCAGAAUCAAAUUUGCCAAAAGUAUUAACAACAACCAACGUGCAAACACUACAAAACACUAAAAAGCCAAUUGGAGUUCCUCAAUCUGUGUUAGUAGAAAGUCAACAAGACGUGUGAUAGUGCCUUCAUUCAAUCACUUUUAAGUGUAUAGAUUGUAAAUUAGCAGUAGACUUUUAGGAAUCUUACAUUAUCGAGACAGCUUGCUCUAAGAGAGCAAGGGAUUUUUUUUUAUCAGGAUGUAUGAUUCAAAAUGUUAUUUUAAUAGAAGAUGGUAGGAACGAAAGCAGUCCAACCAAGAACGAGCCGAAACAACAAUUUGACGUGAUCGUAUCCGUGCUGGUUACUGUUGGUAAAACGAUUGAGUUCGAAGAAGAAGAAAACAUUGAUUCGAGUAGCGAUCGCAAUGUGAGCUAGAAUGAUAUUCUCGUUUUAAUUUAUUGCAAUAUUUAUAUUAUUUAAAGAAACUAUUCGUAUCGCUAGAUUGGAAACAAAAGAAGGUAGUAGGAGAAAAAAAAACAAAAAGACAAUCGAAUGCAGGAACUUCGGGCUAUCGAAUGUAGUAAUUUGUAAUUUCAAAUGUAUCAAUAAAGAAAAAUAGAAAAACAAA